UUCCUAAUGGAUUUGGCUGCCCGGAUUGCGAGCUUGGGCGUGUUCAGGAUUGCCCUCAGAUUUCCUCCUCUUCUAACCCUCCGCCUGGUUUUUCCAGGGACUGCUUUCGAAGAUCCUUGAAGAUGGGGCAUGCCAGGAAUACGUGCUGUACUGUCUGGGUGGCCCUCCCACAGUGGCAGUUCCCGUCUGGUAUGUCCGGCACCCCGCGCUGAUAGAGGUAGUGUCGGAGCCCUAUCUUUCCUGUGCGCAUCUAUACGAUGAUUUUGCUAAGUGCUCGAUGGGAGACCCUGAUGUAUCUUCAGGACUUUUCUGGUUGGAGCCGGUGUCAGCUCAUACAUUGUCCGUCCAUGUGGGCUUGUCCGCCAGUCAUGUUCCCAUUGUGUGUAUAUUGCUUCCCGGAUUCUGGAUUUUACUGCUGUUCGGAGAAGCCUUUGCUGGACUGGUCGGGGCGCUGUUGCUGCGGUCAUGGCUUCUCCCAUCCUGCCUCAGUGCCCACGGGACAGUCGCCAUCCCGUCGCUUCUUUUGCUGCCUGGUCCGCCAUUUCGUUCCCCCUUAUGCCACUGUGUGAGGGUAUCCAUUGAAAGCUUACUGUGAGCUUGCUUGUAGGUGCUCUAUCAAUAGCUGCUAGCACUAUCUCCAGGACAUAUUGUCCUGACUGCCUGCCCGGGUUUGGAUUGCCCGCAGUGCUGCCUAUCCUGACGUAAUCAACUUCUGUGACUUAGUUAACGAAUAACUCAACUGGUUACUUCUUUCUUCCUUCUGGGAGGUUUGCUACAGAGCGUCCAUCAGCUGCUGUUUCAUUGGACUACUUGUAGGCUGUUAGCAUUACUGGUGCAGAUGUGUUUUUAGGCAUUAACCCCUCAACAUAUAUAGGUUCACCAAGUAUAUUUAUCACUGACGCAGCCAUUCUU